UUAUUGCCCAAUGUUCCUUAUGAUUUCUAAGCUCAGUGUCCCACUUCCACAAAAAGUCAACUUUGUCAGAGUUAGUAACUUUAGCUUAUCAUUAUGUCAACAUGGGCAUAUAGUAUCAGUGAAUAGCCUUGAGACGGUGUGCAGGAGGACUACAGAGGGAGGAGCUGCUCUCCGGACUGAAACAUGUCAAUGAGUAUAGAAGUAGUCUUGUUUGUUGAAACUAACAGCAGCCCGGUCUGCUGCUCUGUAGCUGGUCUGUCUCUCUGUCUGUCUGUCUCUCUGUCUGUCUGUCUGCAGCGCACAGUGUCCAUGGAUUUUCCAAAAACUUUGCACUAUUUGAACACUUUCACGCAGCUGUGGAGUCACUACGGUUAUGGGGGGAACUUACAAGAAGUGAUUGAGCAGGAGUUCACACGGAUUAAAGGACUGUGUCUCUUAUAUUGUAAACAGGAAUAAACAUAUCUGGAUCAUGCAGCAACUACUCUGUACCCCGAGUCUCUGGUCAGGGACUACCUCCAGGACAUUUCAAGGAAUGUGUAUGGAAACCCUCACAGCCAUAACCCCAGCUGCAGACUGACACAUGACACAGUGGAGAGGGUCAGAUACAGGGUAUUGCAGCAUUUUAACGCCACCCCCGAGGAGUACUGUGUGAUUUUCACUUCUGGUUGUACAGCCGCACUCAAAUUAGUGGCUGAGAGCUUUCCCUGGAGGGCACAGACUGAGAGUGAGGCGGGGAGUCACUUCUGCUAUCUCACUGACAGCCAUACCUCUGUAGUUGGCAUGAGAGGAGUGACUUUCUGGACUAAGGGUAGCUGCCCUACCCGUCUCUCCCCGCAGGAAGUGGAAAGCAGAGCGAAGAUGAAGGGUGAAGAUGUUACUUGCCAGACGCCGCACCUCUUCUGCUACCCAGCGCAGAGCAACUUCUCUGGGAGGAAGUAUCCCCUUAGCCAUGUGAGAGGCAUCCAGGCGAGACACCUCUACCCAGCGUGUGACCACCAAGGCCGCUGGUUUGUGCUUCUCGACGCGGCCUCUCAUGUCAGCUGCUCCCCUCUGAACCUACAGGAGUGCCCCGCUGACUUCAUCCCCAUCUCCUUCUAUAAGAUGUUUGGUUUCCCCACAGCUGGGGCCCUUCUUGUCCGCAACGACGCAGCAGGCAUACUAAAAAAGACUUAUUUCGGAGGAGGCACAGCAGCAGCUUACCUUUCUGGAGAAGAUUAUUAUGUGCAGGCGGCAAACAUUUCUGACCGAUUUGAAGAUGGGACUGUGUCUUUCUUAGACAUCAUUGCUUUAAAUCACGGUUUUGAAGCUCUGUACAGGAUCACAGGGGGCAUGCACAACAUUCAGCAGCAUACAUAUGGCUUGGCACGCUACACUUACAUGCUGCUGUCAAGUCUUUGCCAUGGCAACGGGCGACUAGUGGCUCAGAUAUACGAGGGCCAGUUUGAGAGUCCAAGCACACAGGGCGCAAUCCUAAACUUCAACCUCAAGGAUUCUCGUGGACAGAUAAUUGGGUAUUCUCAGGUGGACAGAAUGGCCAGUCUGUACAAUAUCCAUGUGCGUACAGGUUGCUUCUGCAACACCGGGGCCUGUCAGUCCUUCCUCGGGAUCUCCAAUCAGCAGACGAGGAGAAACCUGCAGGCCGGCCACGUCUGCGGAGACAGCAUCGACCUGGUGGACGGCCAGCCGACCGGAUCCGUGCGCGUGUCCUUUGGCUACAUGUCGACAUUUGAAGACUGUCAAAAGUUCCUGAACUUUGUUGCCGAGUGCUUCGUAGAGAAACCAGUCACAGUGGACCGAGUGAGACUAGAGAAGCUGAAAACAGCCACAGCAGUCCAAGGCGUAAACAAAGAUCCUCCAAUCGCUAAUGGAGAAAUAUGUAAAGUAGAUGAGAAGGAGAAGCCUACAGAAGUAUCACUGAGGGGAUUUGGACACAGAGACUCGGCUUAUACUCUGACCAACAUCUACAUAUUCCCAUUAAAUCAUGUGGAGCCUACGAGGGUCCACGACUGGCCGGUGGGACCGCUGGGUUUACUGUAUGACAGAAGCUGGAUGGUGGUGAGGAACGGCGUGUGCCUGAACCAGAAGAGAGAGACGCGUUUAUGCCUCAUUCGCCCACAAGUCCACCUCCCCUCAAACAACUUGCUCCUGCAGGCGUCAGGGAUGGAUACCAUUUCGGUUCCCUGGAAAAACAACGCUCAAACGCACAUGAGCUAUCGUGUGUGUCAAAGUAAAGUUUGUGGUGACAGGGUGGAGACUGUCGACUGUGGGGAUGAGGCUGCAUCGUGGCUUUCAGACUCUGGACAGCCAUGCCGCCUGAUAAGACAAAGUCCAGACUUUACCCGAGACAUGAAGAAGAGGCCUAGAGGAGCUGCCACCUCCACAUCCCUCUCCCUGGUGAAUGAGGCUCAGUAUCUCAUGAUCAACCGUGCCAGUGUGGAGCUCAUUCAGAAACUAAUGAGCAGCAGGCAGGACGACUCCGAGGGCGAUCAGCUCCUUGACACACAGAAUGUCAUUAGCCGCUUCCGAGCCAAUUUAGUCAUCGCUGGAGAAGAACCAUUUGAGGAGGAUAAUUGGCCACACUUGAUUAUUGGCAACACUCGAUUCGUGGUCGCAGGUCAUUGUGGACGGUGCCAGAUGAUUGGAGUAGACCAGGAGACUGGGACCAAAACAAAAGAGCCGCUAAUGUCUCUGUCGACCUACCGCAAUGGGAAGGUCACUUUUGGUGUGUACCUGACCCAUCAGCUACCAGAGGGCUCCACUAAACCCAGUGUCCUCUCUGCUGGUUCCCUGAUACAGCCAGAGCCACACAGCUCUUGAUCUUCAUCAUCCUCUUUAUUUAUUGUGGUGACAUAAAGAUCACCUGUCAAACACUGUGGGGAGUUUCUAUAGAAGCUUCUCUUUUAAUUGUCUGUGUAGCCCCAGUGGCUUUUGUCCUCUCAAGUGUCCAUUUCAUACCAUCAGAUUUUAUUCUAUCCAAGUCUGUGUUGAUGGGAAAUGAUGGUAUUUUUCACUCCCAAUGAUUAUGUUUUUAAAAUGUGUGCAAUAAAGUGGAUGUGAAAUAUUAA